AUGGCCGAAGCUGUUCAGCCUGUGCAAGCUGAUGCUGCAGGCAAUGCCCAUCCAGCUGGCGCGACUGAACAAAAUCAAGAGAAGCCAAGCAACGGUGCUUCGAGGAAACCUCGUCCACGUCGACCCAACUACAAUGAGAUACAUGCCAAACCUCUUCCAAUAGAUGUAUAUGCGCUACCUGCCUUUGUCCCUCAUAACCCAAUCUCUCUUGUACGACUGGCCAUUAGUCUCCUUUCGCAGUCUCUAUGGCCACCCAAGUCGCAUAACGUUAUCCACAAGGCCUACUACUCCGUAGAGACGCAGUCGAUCCAUGUCACCGAUCCGGCUUCAAUUCGAGCCCUCUGGGAACAGGGAUUUUGGGGCAAAGGCUCGCUUAGCAGAAGUGAACCGCAGUGGCUGGUCGCGGAAAAGCGCCGACGGGGAGCACAGGCAUCGAAGACUAGCACAGAAGUUACUCAAUCUAGGCGAGAGGAGCGGAGGCAAUUCAAAUUGGAACGAGCCAAGGCUCAACGUGAAGCUAUUGAGCAGCAACUCCGGCAAGAGGGCAAACUGGUACCGGAGGCUACUGUCGAUGAGCUUGUAGACGGCGAUUCCAAGGACGCCACCACCUCUGACAAUGUCAAGGUUCCUGGUAUAGAUGAGGCCACAAAUAAUAUAUUGGCAGAAGAAGAAGCCACCACUAAACUUGAGGAAAUCGAUAUCCCGGACUUGGAACACCUUCAGCUCACGCCUGAGGAAGCUUUCUUUCUGUCCUAUGUACUUGGUGCUCUGGAUGUGGUCAACGUUGGCGCUACCGAGUCCGAUGAGCAGUUUGAACCUUACUCAGCUUGGUACUUGCUCCGACUGUAUUGUGCACAUGCAUCGACUUCCGACGACACGGCGGACAGUGAGAGGACUCUGACACAUCUUCAUACUGCAUACAUCAUGAGUAAGGCCGCUACGCAAGUCGACUCGGCCCUGUCGUGCGUCCCGUCUAUCGCUCCAGAUAAUCCAUUCCUGUUGAAGUACGUCGUCUUCCACCACUUCCGCUCCCUUGGCUGGGUUGUCCGUCCUGGUAUCAAGUUCGCUGUUGAUUAUCUGCUUUACAUGCGCGGUCCCGCAUUCACCCAUGCGGAAUUCGCAAUCAUGAUCAUCCCGUCAUAUUCGGCUCCAUGCUGGAACGAAAACCCCCGUGGUGAGUCGAGGAUUGCGGAUCAGCAGCGCAAGGACUGGUGGUGGUUUCACAGGGUCAAUCGGGUGCAGACGCAAGUUAUGAAGACGCUCAUGCUGGUCUACGUUGAAGUCCCGGAACCAUGGGAUACAAGCGCUACAGAGCUGGGAGGAUUCAAGGUUGAUAUUGGCAGUGUGCUGAAGAAGUACAAGGUUCGAGAAUUCGUAUUCAAGCGAUGGAGCCCAAGCAGGAAUAGGGAUUGA